GAUGACGUCAGAGUGGGAGUGACGGCAGCAGAGGGAACUGCUCAAGGCUCAGGCAGCGCAGAGACAGUUAUAGCAGAAGCAGCAGCAGCAGAGACCAACUUGCAGAUGAAGCUGCGCCUUUCCAAAAGGACAACUGCCUUCACUUCUCUGUCUGACAGUCACACUGGGCACAACUGGAAGCAGUACAAGGAGAUCUGCGUUCCUGAGCUUUGCAGAGAAGUGAGGAUCGCUGUGUUGACAGUCGCCCUGUGUUUGCUGCUCGGCCGAUUCCCUGUGCAGUUGCUGCAACAUGAGCCGCACACUGAGAGGCAUUAGACUGCUGCUGCGGGUGAGAGAGCAAAGUCUCAGAUACGUGACUGCUGCACCGAGACCGCCAGCCUGGAGCCUAAUGAGAAUGUCGCACACAGGAGCAGAUUUAGGGUCUCUGACAAGGUACGACGAUUCAGCAGUGUCCAUCGACUGGCAGAAGAAACUCACUCCUGAGCAAUAUUAUGUGACGAGAGAGAAAGGAACAGAGUUGCCUUUCAGCGGUAUCUACCUUAACAAUACAGAGAAAGGGAUGUAUCAUUGCGUUUGCUGCAGCUCCCCGCUGUUCAGCUCUGAAAAGAAGUACAACUCUGGGACAGGGUGGCCUUCCUUCUCCGAGGCGUACGGAGCACAAGGGGCUGAUGAGAGCAAUACUAAUGUACUGAGGCGGCUGGAUAACUCUCUGGGUUCCACAGGAACGGAAGUCAUUUGCAAAGAGUGUGAUGCACAUCUGGGCCAUGUGUUUGAAGACGGACCUCCCCCGCAGGGUCAGAGGUUCUGCAUCAACAGCGUCGCAUUAGCUUUUGUACCUAGUUCAAUGUAGUAAGUGGUGCUGAAUGUGAAUCAGUUUAUUUCCACUGAGAAUGUUACUUGUUAAGCGUUAGCCUCAAACAGAUCCUAAUGUGAGAUUCUUUUCCAUUAUCACAUGGGUCUCUCCAUCCAAUCAUACUUGCACUGCUAGGAAUAGAAUUCAGUGUGACUACAGCAGUUACUUCCCAUUAAUCACAUAAUAAUCUUGCACUAGAGUUGAGCUGGAAAUCACUGGCAGAGACCCCAUGGCAUUUACAUCACCGAUAAUAUUAGCAUUAGUCACAAUGCACCAAGAACAUCGGGUCAUCAUUGUUUAUUUAUUUAUUUAUACAGCACUCGUCAGUUACACAUCGUUUUACAUUCAUGUAUAAGAAACGGGUUACAGAAUGGGAUCAAGGCCCUGCUUACAAGAGCUUACAAUCUACAAUGAUUGGUGAUUGAAUGGAUCUGUGAACGGGGGGCAGAACUGAACAGAUCUGCUCUUUCUGCCGUCAGGUUUAUGAGCACCAGUGUAUCCUGUAUCACAUUGCCAGUCUAUACAUUAGUGUGAGCUAGUGAUGUGCGGGCGACGACCGAUACCCGCGGGACCCCCGGGUCGGGCGGGUUCGGGUCGACUUUGCAGUGCUUCUCGCGGGCGGUGCGGGUUGAGCUCUUCUCCUGCUCUCCCCGCCCGUCACCUUCAAAUGCCGGCAUCUGAAUUCCGGGUUCCGGUUUUAUAGUCUUGUGUCUGUUCGCCAUUUGUGACGUCAUUGUGACGUCAUCGGUGGGGCGGCGCGGGUCUAUAAAAGGACCCCCGGAAGCAGGUGGGGGCGGGCGCGGGUCAUAGCAGGGUGGCUUAGGGUCAGGUGUGGGUCAGGGAAACCCUGACCCGCACAUCACUAGUGUGAGCCCCAAAUAUUUAACUUUAUAAAUAUUUCCUAACCUUUGUGCAUUAUAAAGAACUUCAACAUCCCCUUCUGCAAAGUAUUUCCUAUGGAACAAGGAAAAUGUGAUCUGUCACAAUGAGAAAGCCUUAGGUAAUUUACUGCCCCAAGCCGUCUCACUACUCUGAUGGCAUUUCUAUUACUAUUUCUAUUGCUAGUUUGACGUGAGCACUUUAUAAAGGGGAAGGGAAUCAUUUUUAUAAAGAGCUUUUACAGCAAGCAAGGCAGCCAUUAUAGACAAUAUAUUAUUCAUCAAUUGGGAGUCCACAUCUGAUUUCCACCUUAGUUAAACCUAAGAGACUCGCCCCUUUAUCAAAAGAUAACUGUCCCGAGGCUUUUUUCAGUAAAAAAAUAUCAUUUUAUUUACUGUAAGUUAGCAUUAAAACUCAGAUACAUACUGACCCCACCAGGCCCACCUGGCCCACCUGGGCCUUGAUGCACCAAGUCCAUCAUUUUUAGUUUCGGAGAAAUGAUAAAUUUUAUGCAAAAGGUUUGGCUCAAUGCCAAACAAAAAUGCACCCCCCCCCCCAAAUUUGUCACUUUCAUGUGUCCUGUACUGUGAACAGCGUUCUCAUUCAGUAUUCGUCUUAAUACUGCAAAAAAUUGAUAAUCCCUGCUGCAGCAAUAUGACCAUUGUCAGGGAACUGAGCCAAGAUUCUCUGUCUCAGAUUUGUGCUCCACCCUCCUUGCCACUGAUCUAGUCCUUAUUACAUGUGUUUAAUGGCUUCUGCUACUGACACUCAAUGGAACUCUCUGAUCUUACCAGUCUGGGCCGGUGCAGUUUGACUACAUAAAUGUGAUUGUUGUAUCUACAGAACCUUCAUCCUCCUGACACUUAGCUACAUGGCACCCAUGGCCCUUGCUAAACCUAGAACUUGAUAAACCUAGAACUUAGAACUCUUUGAGAGAUACGGAAUGGUGGAUAAUGGAAAAGAGUCUCACCUUGUUGCCAAGCAUGCUACAUUGUUGUCUAGACUGUGGUAAAUGUGACACCAUCAGUACAGGGCAUCAAUAAUGUGCCAUAUUGUGUGUGGUUAGUCUUUAUUUUUGUACCAGGUGCCUGUGAGUUCUUAUUAUUGCCAAAAAGUACUCCUAGUACUGGAAGGCCCGUCAUAGAAAACAUUUAGAUCUUCUGAUGUUGCUGCUCGGGGGGUCCAACCCCCAGGCUUCCCCCAGCAGUUAAUGGGUGCCAAAAGAAAGAUAUCUAGUAAAGGGUGUUUGGUUGCACACAGGCCAGCCUUAAUGAGAAAAUAUGGCUUAAUGAGAAGAUAAAUAAAUGUAACACCAUCACUUGAUAUAAAAGGGAGCUCCAUGAAACCUGGCAUGUGUGCAGCCAUCCCACAGUGCCACGUUUGCACAUAUUUCUGUACAGAAACUCCAAUGCGUCUGUUGGUUUAUAUAAAAAUAUAUUUGAAGAGGAUGAGUGUAUCAUAAAUAGCUUAGCUACCCGCUCUCUUGAUGCCAAAUGUCACCAGCCUCGUCGCUUGAUGCUGAAGGAACAAGAGAAAACAUUGUAUUUUGUCGCUGUAAAUUUGUACAAAAAAAAAACUCUUUAUAUUCAAGAUGUGUUUAUAGAGGAUAUUGCUCAGAGUACUAAAUAAAGUGUUUUAUAAGUGAAAA